AUGCCAAGAAAAAAUCGAGGAAUUUCGUUUCUUCGCAACAUCGAUUUGUAAGUUGGAAUUAUUGAUUGUUGCUUCAACGGGAAGAUGAAACACAAAGUUACAGUGUAUUGAGCAUGUCCAAUUGUUUUUUUGUUCUCAAAAUAUUUAUGACACAUUCUUCUGGAUGUCUAAUGGUAUGUGAAGUGUGCGAAAACGGUCAUUACCAUAUGUCGUUUAUUCCACAUCACUCAAAAGCUUUAAGAACAAUUUACAUACUUCUUGAAUUUGACUUUUUUCCAAUUAUGUUAUCCAUAGGAAUAACGGAAUAACUGAUGACUUGAUGAAAUUUUAAUUUACCGAUCGAAACUAAUUCUACUCCAUGACUUUUGGCAAUAUUUUUGAGCUCUCAUUGCCUUCCAUACAGUUCUUCGUACUAAAAUCUCUCUACUCUUCACCGUUCGGCUAAUUUUUUUAUCUCUUAACUCAACAUUUGAGUGCCAGUGUAACCCUAGAAGUUCCCACGUUUGGUGGAAGGAACCGCACAAAUUGCAAAAACAAUGACACGAUUGCGUUUUCAGGGAAGUGUCUAUAAAUAGAUUACCUACCCACACCUACUUCCGUUCAUGUUGCGGUCUGUUUCUGAUGCAAUCUCUGAGUUUAAUUUCUGUGUAAAUAAGUAGUAAAUCUUACUGUAUGUGGCUAGAGAUCGUUCGAACUUUUUGAUGUGACCACCCAAGUUAAGAGAAUGCCCAUUGUCUGCAGGAAAACACGCAAUAAUAUUUUUCUGGAUAUCAAUCUUCAGUGGAUACUAUACUAGAUUAUGUAUGCCCUAUAAUUAUUUUUUACCUCAUUUGUUAAUAUGAGGGAUUUGAGGGUGAAUGAGUAUGUGGGACUGUCCUUAACAUGGUCUUAUUGAAUACAAGAGUUUGCGGAGGUGUUGUUCAUCUUAUUUUCCUCUCCUUUCUUCACGUUUUCCGUCAGGCUUCCUUAAGACUUCCUUGAAAUCCAAAAUUGUGUAACAAAUGGCUAGUAUAGUAGAAUAGAUGAUAUAAUUGGUCUGUGGAUGGCAGUUAUGACCAGAAUUUCUGCUCAGCUCACUUUCUGUUCAUUUCGUUUAGUGAAGUAGUAAUCUCUCCCCAUUCCCCUGAGGUCGCAAACUUUCCACGAAUUAAUAAAACGUCAAGUUUCUCAUUUGAACGGCAGUGAAGCUUAGGCCGUUCCCAUUUUUAUGGCAUUCUUGAGUUAUUCUCUAUUUGUAAUUCUUGGUGGAUUUUUAAGUCAAAGCAUACUGUAUAUCACCUGGCGUCCUUGUAUAUUUAUUUGCACAACACUCCCAUGACAUUGCAACACCAUUUUGUUUUUUGUAAUGGAAGAUGUUCUUCUUUUGUUAUCCGUUUUCCAUGAUAUCCAUUUCCGGCACAGACAUCACUUGUCUCCUCAGGGCUUGACUUGUUUUUAUUGCAAAAAAAUAUUUUUAAAAAUUCCAAUUUUAGAUGGAAUUAAGUCAAUUUGUGAUAUGAAUAGAUCGUGUUCAUAUAUUUGAAAGCAGCUAAUAUGACUUAGUCCCGUGUUGUUACCUAAUGACGUGUAUUUACUGGGUUAUUUAAUGGAAUAUAUGCAAUCAUUUCGGAGUUUAGCGAAUGGGGGAAACUUGUCUUCUGUUAUGUAUAGAACAGAGUUUGAGAACGCUUCAGAACAUGCACGAUCCGUUUUGUUACCGUAAUCUGGCCAUAUUAAUCAUCCCACGCAGUCCACGUGUAAUGUUGCCUUUUAAAGCUCCGAGGGCAAGACGUAAUCCGAGAAAAAACUUUUACUUUUUACUUACUUGUCCUGGUUUACAAUUUCGUUUAUCGUAAUUUAAGCCCAAAUGUAAACUCGGAAAAGCCCGCCCUUUUCCUGCGUAUAUAAGUGUAGAUGUAAAAAGGAUGCCAACUAGCCUUGUUGAGGGAACCCAACGUUUUGGAUAACCGGGUUACGUGAGUUACGUGACGUCGGGUUGUGCGUAUUUAUUUAAGUUCCUUUUUUACUGUUGUUUUUUAGAGUGGCCGGAGCGAUGUCAUCCAAUCAGUUUGUCAGACUUUUCUUUGUCCUUUUCUUGUCGUUUUUCGUGAAUUUCGCGGUGGCUCAGUGGGAUUUUGAUGAUUCAAAUGGAGCGGAAGUGUAAGUUUAAUAUUAUUGAUGUCCCAUUGUAAGUUGAACAAGGCAUCAUUAUUAUAAAUUUAUUUUAGUGGCCAAUUCUGGCGUCCUGCGCGAUCUCAGAUGGCUCGAUAUGGAAUGCCCUGGUCCCAUCGAGUCCGUCCAAAUGUAAGCUCAAAGUAAUCAUCGUUUUGUUACAGUAAUCUUCUCCAUUUUAGGGCAACAACAUUCCCCAAUGUCUGUUUUGUUGAUCCCUGCUGUUACCCAUGUUAAUUUUGUGCUCUUAUUUUGUGAAUAAAUGUACAUUCCCCGACACAAAUUGUGUGAUCCAUUUUAUAAGGCAUAUAUCUACAUUUACGGUAGACAAAGAGGAUAUCGCCUUAUGCAAAAUAGGCGUAGAUACUAAGAAGAUGAAAGUGUUUUCAGGCUCCUAAUGGCCCAAUCAAAAUAAGCACGGAGAAACCAAAAGAAGAGAAGAUGGAAGGAGAUGUGGUCAUGGCAUUGAGCGACAAAGUCUGGCAUCCUCGUAUGAGAUCUAGAAUGUUCUAUUAA